GUUUUUGAAGGCGGAACGGUAUUGUUAAUGUUUACAAGCAGCUAUCGUUUAUUUUUAUAUUAUAAAUAUUAAAAGUUCACUUUAGAUAUGAAAUUUAUGUCACAGUAAAUAAUGGAAGGGGCCUACCAAGACAAAUAUUCGUUUGUCGGCGAGUGGUACGACAGCCAAGCCAGUGUAACAAGACGAUAUAAUGUAUUUUAUUUUCCAUCAGACGAUACCGUAGAAAUGUUUGACUUGAAAACUCGUAAAACCUUUGUUCGAAGGGUAAAAGUAAAUGGUAUUAGUUUGGAUAAGUUUUGUAUUGGAGGUACUCUGUUAAUUUUAGGACGCCUUAUUAAAAUAGUAGAUUUCGCUUGCGAAGAUACCAAGAAAAGAUUGCAGAAAGAUAUGGAAGUGACAUUUGCUAUGAUCAAACCUCUACCAACAAACAUUAUUGGAAAAAUUGUAAAGCAUUUGAAUGAUCAUGGACUACGCAUUUCUAAAAUGAAAAAAUCUCGUCUAACAUCAGAUGACGUAAAUUUUAUUUAUAGACAUAUGCUUACUGAUCCUACAUAUCCAUUUUUAAUGGAACAUUUACAAGGGCAACUAGUAAUAGGCAUGGAGUUAGUGGGCAACAAUGCAGUGGCAGCUUGUAAGGAAUGUCUGGGGGACAGGGAUCCGCCGAAGGCUGCUCCUGGCACUAUAAGGGCUCUCUAUGGCUCGGAUCCUGUGAGGAACUGUAUGCAUCCUUCUGCCGCUCCAGAACAUGCUUUAGAGGACAUAGAAUAUUUCUUCAGCCCGCGCCUGCGGCUCACGGCCACGCUGUCCAACUGCACGCUGUGCGUGGUGAAGCCUCACGCGAUCCGCGAGGGCAAGCUGGGCAGCGCGCUUGAGGUCAUCGCCGAUGCGGGGUUUGAGGUCUCCGCGCUCAACAUGCUCAUCGUCGAGACGGUCAACGCAGCCGAGUUCUAUGAGGUGUACAAGGGCAUCGUGCCGGAGUAUAAGGGCAUGGUGGAGGAAUUGUCGAGUGGCGCGUGCGUGGCCAUGGAGCUGCAAGCCAAAGACAAGUCGCUCAACACAGCAGUGGAAUUUCGGAAAUUGGUCGGCCCUUCCGACCCGGAAAUCGCCCGACUGCUCCGUCCGCACACGCUCCGCGCGAAGUUCGGCGUGACCAAGGUGCGGAACGCCGUGCACUGCAGCGACCUGCCCGAGGACGGCCUGCUCGAGGUCGAGUACUUCUUCAAGAUACUCGACUUCUAAACACUGC